UACAAGACACCACUACAGAUUAACUGCCUAAUGUUGCCCCACAUAAUGGAAAACCCCAGAUCCAUGUGAUGUCAGUGCAAUUAGGUUUAAUUUUACAGUCUGUUCUGGUAAUUUCUGAAUCCCCCAGCAUGCACGGACUACCUUGCUCCUCUCUGGGUCAUUGUUUUGGUAAUCCAUCUGAUGUUAACACUGAUCCAACACCUGCUCAGGAGGAGCCAAACAACUCCAGACAAAGCAGAAAUAACCAUGGACUCCCUGCAGCAGGCCCGGUUAUAUCCCAACCAGAAGCCCUACCGCGCAGCCCACUGCAGCAGCAGCACAGACAGCCUCAGAGGACUAUCAGCUGUAUCUCUGACCACUCCACCAGAACCAUAAAAGUAAAUGGUGUCGACUCAAACUCUAUUUGCCGCCUGCAGGACACAGACGACGCCCCAUGCUUUGAGUCACCUCCGGCCCUCUGUGGCCUCUCCCAGAGCUCAGAGGAGGAUGAGCUGGAAGUGGAGUUUAGCCCGGAGCUGGAGCUGAAAUAUCCUCACAUUCCCAGACCCUCCAUUAUUAUCAGACAGCCUAAGGAAUCAGAAUUCCAGGAAACAGCGUCUGACAGGUCGGACGGUAGGGAGACAGAGGAUGGAGGGUUAUCAGGUACGGAAAACAACACAAGCUUCCUCCUCUCUCUUCUGUCUCCGCUCCCUUCCCCAACUCCAGCUCUUGCACGCUGAAUCUGUCGGGCACAGAUUUGACAAUGGAAAAAAGUUCUGGCUGGAGCUGUCCUCUGCUGAUGGAAAAACAACUUAGAUUUUUAUGUGGAGAGGAACAUAUUUGUGAAAAGAAUGACUGAGGAAAUGAUCGAGUUCACACAGUUGUGACCCCAAUGUGUCAUUACGAAAGAAUUUUUGUUCCAUAAUGUGUCUGUUCAUGAGUGACUUGGGAGACUUCUCUUUGUCUGUCAGUAGUAAAUAGUGAUCCAGAGGAAAGGACGACUGUGUGUGUGUGUGUGUGUGUGUGUGUGUGUGUGUGUGUGUGUGUGUGUGUGUGUGUGUGUGUGU